CAAUCGACAAGGAUUUCCAAUAUGCAGGUGCCACUUCUCAGACUUCAAUGCGGCUGCAACAGCUACGAAUGGGGCAAGGUGGGCAAAGACUCUGCCGCAGCUCGCUUCGCUGCCGCCACUCCCUCCGAUGACUUUAGCAUCCAAGACGACAAGCCAUAUGCUGAGCUCUGGAUGGGUACUCACCCCUCCAACCCUUCCAAAGAUCUCGCCACUGGCCGCACUCUCCUCGACCUCGUCCAAGACAACCAAGCCCUCCUCUCCCCGGCCAUUGCCUCCCGCUACGCACAGAAGCUCCCCUUCCUCUUCAAAGUUCUCUCCAUCAACAAAGCGCUCUCCAUCCAAGCUCAUCCAAACAAGUCCCUCGCCGAGAAACUCCACGCCUCGGACCCCAAGCACUACCCCGACGACAACCACAAGCCGGAGAUGACCAUUGCCGUGACCGACUUUGACGGACUUUGCGGUUUCCGUCCGUUGAAUGAAAUCGCGCACUUCCUUCAGACCAUUCCUUCGCUGAGGGAACUCGUCGGCGAGGAAGCCUCCAGCUCAUUCGAAAAGACGAUCAAAGGCCAGGAAACGACCGCAGAUGACUCCAAGACCAAAGAGAACAAGAAAGCCCUGCAAACCGCUUUCACCAACUUGAUGAACGCCAAGCCAGACGCCAUCUCCUCCGCUGCUCCAAAACUUAUUCAGCAAGCCAAAGAUGAAGGCGCGAAAUUCGCCGGUUCAGGCGGUCCCUCCAACGAUGGCCAGGAACUGGCUGAUUUGAUGGUUCGUCUGGACGGACAAUUUCCCAACGACAUCGGUCUAUUCGUGUCUUUCUUCCUGAACUACGUGAAACUGCAAGUCGGCGAAGCGAUGUUCUUAAAGGCGGAUGAUAUCCACGCCUACCUCUCCGGCGACAUCAUCGAAUGCAUGGCCUCCUCCGACAACGUCAUCCGCGCCGGCUUCACCCCCAAAUUCAAAGACAUCCCAACCCUCACCUCCUCCCUAACCUACUCCUACGCGCCCAUUUCCGAGCAAAAGAUGUCGCCCUCUCCCUACCCGUACGUCACACUCAACUCCGCCGCCUACACGGCCAAUUCCUCCGCCUUACUCUACGACCCUCCCAUCGAGGAGUUCAGCGUUGUACGGCUGGAACUCAAGGGCGAGGGAGCGAGAGCGACGUUUGAAGGCAUUGAAGGGCCGAGUGUGGUUAUCUGUACGGCGGGGAGUGGCACGAUCAAGGUGGGACCGAAGGAGGAGGAGAUUAAGGAGGGGUAUGUUUUCUUUGUGGGUGCUACGGCGGAGGUGGUGGUUGAAGGGAAGGGGAAGGAGGGGUUGGUGUUGUUCAAGGCGUUUUGUGAGUUGGAGGAGGGUGAUGAUAAGGGGAGUAAGAUUUGA